AUGACAUGAACAUUGAAAAUACCUACACAUUAUCAUGAUACAUUUUGGUAACCAGAGGAAAAUCCUUGUUUUUACGUUUAUAAAUAGUUUUGAUUGAUUAUGGCAUGUGGUUUUAUAGAGGUGCGACUUAAAGAAAUUAUGAUUGGGCUGUUUGAUCUUCUAGGACAUUUUACAUCGAGUCAUACAAGGAUGUUUACAGGAGUAUCAUCUGGAUGAAUGCUUUGUUUUGGAAACUUACUUAUUUCUUUCAUUUAAGUACUGUUUGCAUUGAAAUCGUAUGAAAAUUUGCAACGAUAAAACACGUAGCUGAGGAUACCGUCUGCACUACAGAAACCAAAAGACGAUGAUCACGAUGCAACAGACCUGUUUACUUAUUAGUAUUUGUGUGCUUAUCUCUUUUGGACCCGUGACGGGGUUUUCACAGCAGAGAUUUGAUGGAUACUUUAAUAACUUGAUUAUACCCAGCCAAGGCAGUGCAGGGAAGCCACUGAAGCAGAACAUUACCACUGAUUAUUCUGAUUACACUUACAAAGUGUCGGGUAGAGGUCGACCAAGUGCAAGGCUCAUCAGUGAACAACUUUUCAAAAAACUGCGGAAUGAGACCUUUACACCAAAUUCUAGAAACCUCACUGCCUUGUUUGCUUUCUUUAGUCAAUUAGUUGCCAUGGAAUUGAUUGACACAGAUGAUACCACGUGUCCUGUAGAACUCCUGUCUAUCCCUGUACCGAAAUGUGACCCGGAGUUUGACACAGCCUGUACGGGCACGCAACACCUACCAUAUGAGAGAAUUUCUUACGACAAAAGAACUGGUCAAUCUCCAAAUGUUCCACGUAAACAGGUCAACAAAGCCACGAGUUAUAUUGACGGUAGUUUUGUAUACGGGAACAACCUCAUCCGUGCCUUAUAUUUACAAGGAAACAGAUCCCCAAAACUCGCAUCUGGAGAUGCCUGGUCGAAAUAUCCACAGAAAAAUGAAGAAGGUCUUGCCUUUGUUGCAAAUCCUGAUCCCGUAGAACAUGCAUAUCAUGACCAGUACAAAUAUUGGAAGCUUGGGGAUAAACAUGUGCAGGAGAAUCCGGCGCUGUUGUCACUUGGCGUUCUGUUUUUCCGUUGGCAUAACUACUUGGUGGACAAACUGGACUCUAAGAAACACCAUGGUUUUGAUGAGACGUUCUCUCUGGCGAGACAAUGGGUUAUUGCGUCGCUCCAGAGUGUGAUAAUGUACGAAUGGCUUCCAGAACUUCUUGGCGAAAGCUUGCCAAAAUAUACAGGUUACAAAUCCGAUAUCUAUCCAGAUGUUACAUCAAUAUUUGAUGCUGCCGCCAUGCGAUACAUUCUCACACUUAUUCCUGCCGGAAUAUACCAAAGAAAUUCUAGAUGUGAAUAUGCCAUACAAGGAAAGUAUGAGGGGGUACGUCUUUGCAACUCGUACUGGCGCUCACAGGAUAUAUUAAUGGAGCGAGAAGAUGAGGUAGAAGAAACAUUGAUGGGUCUUGCCACACAGGUGGCAGAAGCAGAAGACGUCAAAAUGGUGGAAGAUAUACAAAGUAAAUAUUAUGGCCCGCUCCACUUCUCCAGACAUGAUCUCAUAUCUCAGACAAUAAUGAGGGGGCGGGAUUAUGGUCUACCAGACUAUAAUACGGUUCGUGUACAGAUCGGCUUGGAACGGAUCACCAGCUGGGAUGAUAUAAAUCCUUGGUUGAACCAAACUAAUCCAAAUUUACUACAGACUUUACGAUACCUUUACGGAACACUGGAUAACAUAGAUGUGUUUGUGGGCGGAAUGUUUGAAACUACACCAGAAGGACCUGGGGAAUUAUUUAGAACUGUUAUCGUUGACCAGUUUACUAGAAUUCGGGAUGGUGACAGAUUCUGGUUUGAAAACACAGAGAAUCGGCAAUUUACAGAUGAAGAAAUCAGACAGAUAAGAACUCUGAAAUUAAGUGAUAUAAUCGUCAAUGCUUCAAAGGUAGAUGCCUCGGACAUACAGGAAAAUGUGUUCACGUUUACUGCAGAGGGCUCUGGUAAAUGCAGUGAAGCUAAAUAUCUACCAGAACAAGUACUGGAGCCUUGUACCCCGCAUCAGGGCUACGAUUACUUUGCUGGAAGUGAGGCUUCAUAUAUUAUUAUCUGGGUGUCUUUUGGACUUAUUCCAUUCUUAUGUUUUUUCGUGGUAUUUCUCCUGUCCAAAUGCAAGCAAUGGCGAUACAACAGAACAGUCCAGCUGCUACAGAAAAAUUUAAAGGAGACUCUGGGAAAUCAGGCUGGAUUUGAAACGUUCUAUGAUGAUAUUGGUAAGAUAAAAGGUCCACAAACCCAGUUUAAAGGUACAGAGUGGCUUUGGGAUGAAGAAACAAGAUUAGUCAUCAUUCGGAUCCACCAUGAAUGUGUCCUAGAUAUUGUCAAUUUGAAGGGCAAGCCAUUGAGGACCGUCAACAUGAAGGAUAUGAAACAUGUCCAAUGUACACUCAGCUCCAAUAAAAAGAGAAACGUUGUCUUAAUACGUGUUUCUAAGGAAUAUGACGUGGUGAUUGAGUUGUCAAACGAAUCGCAGCGUCGGAUCUUUGUGGAGACACUGCAGCACACACUUGCCAAUGCUGGUGCUUCUAUUGAUUACCAAGAGGCCAAGCUGAAAAAUAUCUAUAAGAAAGCGUUCACACAGAAGAAACGAAACCAGCUGUUAGAGAAGUUCUUUAAAACUGUUUUCUCUGAGGCAUUCCAGAUGGACUAUGAUCCAACUUUAGAUCAAGACGAGAUUGAAAUGAGACAAGCUCGAGAUAUUCUUGAAACAGAACUCACAAAGGAGGAAUUUGCUUCUGCUUUAGCAGUGAAACCUAAUACAGAUUUUGUUGAAAACAUGUUUGCACUGAUGGACACGGACCAUAACGGCUAUAUUUCAUUCCGAGAGUUUUUAAAUGCCAUUGUUAUGCUGUCGAAAGGUUCUGGACAAAACAAGUUACAGACAUUAUUCAGAAUGUUUGAUCAUGAUGGAAACGGAACUCUAGACAGAGAUGAACUGCUCAAACUGUUCAGUUCGUUGCUAGAAAUGGCAAACAGCAGUUUGACGAGAAAGGAAACAGAGGAUCUGGUUGACUCUAUGUGUAAGCAGCAUGGAUUAACCAGUCAUGAUGCCAUCAAUUUUGAUGACUUCUGUACAAUUCUUUCUCCUCAUAUGGACAAAAUCUGGAAUGCUGGAUUGGAAUGGAAAGGCUGUAGGAACUAUAUACCAACUUCUGGAGAUGAUAGGAAGAGAAGUGUUAGCAGUUUACGGCGCCUGUCCGCCGUUGUGACGAAUAUGUUCAAUGCGGAAGCCCGAAAGCGAACGGGACAGUCGAGCGAUGUAACAAGAUUCCUGAAGAGCGAUUCACAGGCCUCCAUCAGUAGUAUUGACAGUAGCUCUAUGGACACAAAUCUUGGUACAAACGUUGGUACCAAGCGCACUGGGUUUAUUGCUAUUCGAGAGACAUACACUCCACUAAAAGCUAAAAUGAGACGUCUAAAACAUUUUGUUGAAAACAACCGUCAACAUAUCUUUUACCUUGUUCUCUUUUUCGGAAUUUGUUUGGGACUUUUUGCAGAAAGGUUCUAUUAUUAUACGGUAGAACGUGAGCACAGCGGAUUACGUGCCAUAAUGAGUUACGGAAUCAGUACAACACGCGGGGCGGCAGCAGCCAUGUCCUUCUGUUUUUCUUUGUUGUUACUGACCAUGGUCAGAAAUACCAUCACGUUUCUUAGAGGAACAUUCUUAAACUUGUAUGUCCCGUUUGAUUCUGUUGUGUCUUUCCAUAAAGUUGUAGCCUGGGCUGCACUGUUCUUCACAGCUUUACACGUUGUAGGCUACGGAUUCAACUUUUAUCAGCUUGCCACUCAGCCAACAAAAUACUUCUGUAUAUUUGAUACUGUUGUUUUCAGAGCAGACAUUUUACCAACAUUCAAUUUCUGGUUCUUCGGAAAUGUUACUGGAUUUACCGGACUUCUUUUGGUUAUUGUUAUAUGCAUAAUCUACGUGUUUGCAACACAAACAGCCCGAAGACUUGUCUUUAAUGCAUUCUGGUUAUCUCAUAAGCUAAUUGCCAUCCUGUAUGUCUUGACGAUUCUACACGGAGCAUCAAUGAUCGUGCAGAAACCCAUGUUCUACUUGUACUUUGUCGGCCCGGCGAUUAUAUUUACCAUAGAUAAGGUGAUCAGUCUCAGCAGGAAAAGAAUGGAGAUUGCGAUUGUGAGAGCUGAGAAUCUAGCUUCUGAUAUAACAUUCAUAGAGUUUAAACGCCCUCCAAGAUUCGAAUACAAGUCCGGUCAGUGGGUCAGGAUUGCAUGCAGCUCACAAGGACAAAAUGAAUACCACCCAUUCACCCUAACAUCAGCGCCUCACGAAGACACACUCUCUCUUCAUAUAAGAGCUGUUGGUCCUUGGACACAUGCAUUUAGAAGUCUUUUCGAUCAGGACUGCCUUAAAGAGUCACCUUACCCGAAGCUGUUUCUAGACGGUCCUUAUGGUGCAGGGCAGCAGGACUGGUAUACGUACGACGUAUCUGUCCUAGUUGGAGCAGGCAUUGGCGUCACACCUUACGCUUCUAUACUGAAAGACUUUGUACACAUGGCGACCAUCAAAAGUACAUACAAGAUAAGGUGCCAAAAGUUGUAUUUUAUUUGGGUGACCGGAAGUCAGAGACAUUUUGAAUGGCUGCUGGACAUCUUACAGGAAGUUGAGGCAAUAGAUCAAAAGGGAAUUGUCUCUACUGACAUAUUCAUCACACAGUUCUUUCAGAACUUUGAUCUUAGAACAGCCAUGCUGUAUAUUUGUGAGGAACAUUUCCAGAAGGUUUCCGGAGGUCGAAGUGUAUUCACAAAUUUAAAAGCAAGCACACACUUCGGACGCCCGCAUCUGGGGAGUAUGUUUAAAACAGUGCAUAGGGCGCACCCGAUGGUUAGAAAAGUUGGUGUGUUUUCGUGUGGACCACCCGGGGUUACUAAGAGUGUUGAGAGGGCGUGCGUUGAGAGUAGCAGGACUACCAAGGCGUUGUUCGAGCACCAUUUCGAAAACUUUUAGAUUCUCAUGCUACAUGUGUUUGAGAAUUUAACUACUUUGGUGAAGGUUUAGCCUGCUAGUGACUUUUGAAAAACAGAGCUGCCUGGAAAACGUCAUAAAAAUUGAUGAAACCAUAUUAUAUACUGUUUAUGUUUCAAAGAAGUCUAGUUUAAGUUCGUUAUCUCGAAUUCCAAGCGAUCGAGCGUUAUACUUCGAGAUAACCGAAUUUUGACUUAAAAUGAUAUGAGCCGCGCCAUGAGAAAACCAACAUAGUGGUUUUGCGACCAGCAUGGAUCCAGACCAGCCUGCGCAUUCGUGCAGUCUGGUCAGGAUCCAUGCUGUUCGCUUUCAAUGCCUAUAGCAAUCAGAGAACCGUUAGCGAACAGCAUGGAUACUGACCAGACUGCGCGGAU